CACUCAGCGCUAAAGGCUACAACUCUGGGCACGGGAGGGGAGGUUGGGUAACACCAAAGCAAGGAUUUCUGGGCCUGUGUGUUUGUAUCUGCCUCAUGGUGUGUGAGUGUGAAUGGAACAGGAGUGUGAGAAAACGAGUGGAUAUGUAAAUAUCUUAUGGGUCAUCAUGUGUUUGUGAAGGUCUGAGUGAAUAGAUGUACUUGUAUAAAAAAGUGUGUGUGAAUGUGUGAGCCUGCGAAUUAGAAAUGUCUGAGUACAUCUGUGAAAGUAUGUAUGUCAGUGUGUAUACUUGGAAGCAAAUGUGUGUGGAUGUGCAUGGAACAGACAUGGGUUUGUGUGACAAUGUGUGUAUCUGUAUGUCUGAUUGCAUGUCAGUGAGAGUUAGGAAAUGUGCAAGGUGCUUAAAAGCACAGACGCAGAAGCUAGACUGCCUGGGUUUGAAUCCUGGCUCCAUUAUUUACCAGAUAACAACUUCUAUGCCUCACUUUCGUCACCUAUAAAAAGGGGCUAAUAAGAGCAUCAACUCGGGGUUGUUGUGAGGAUUAAAUGAAAUAAGAUGUGUAAAGUACUUGGCCUGUCAUUCAGUAAGUGCCAAGUAAGCAUUAGCUACUACUAUAUAAUAAGGUGUGUGUGUGCUUGUACAGAUGUGUGUACACAAGGCUUUGUCCAGGUCUCCAGGACGUGGUGCUUACUGGCCAGCCCUGCUGCCCUGUGUCUCGCUCUGAUGCCUUCUCCCUUGCAGGCCCAGGCGGGUGGCAGAGCAAAGGAGGAAUGGACUGUGGGCCCCCUCCCACCCUCCAGUCCCAUCUGGCUGGGCCACCUGGCACUGCCCACCGCCCAGUAGCUGUGUGCCAGCAGGAGAGUCUGUCCUUUGCGGAGUUGCCCACCCUGCAGCCCCCAAGCCCUGUGUGUCUGGAUCUCUUCCCCGUUGCUCCAGAGGAGCUGCAGGCACCUGGCAGCCGCUGGUCUCUGGGGACCCCUGCUCCUCUCCAAGGGCUGCUAUGGCCCCCAUCCCCAGGAGGCCCAGACAACGAGAUCUCUACCAGUGGGGGAAUGCGGCCCAGCAGGGCUGGCAGCUGGCCACACUGUCCUAGUGCCCAGUCCCCAGCUCUGGAGGGACCCUGGAGUCCCCAGCACCUACAGCCACAGCGCCGGGCCAGCCACGGCUCGGAGAAGAAGUCCGCCUGGCGCAAGAUGCGGGUAUACCAGCAAGAAGAGGCCCUUGGCAGCCCUGAGGCCCAUGCUGUCUUCCUGGAGCCAAGCCAGGCGACAGAACAGGCCCUGAGCACAGCGGAGCCUAGGCCGCUGGAGCUGCCUGGGCCCACCCGAGUGGGCCUCGAGGGGCCUGAGCGGAGGCGCUUCUCAGCCUCUGAGCUGAUGACCCGAUUGCACUCUUCCCUGCGCCUGGGACGGAAUUCGGCAGCCAGGGCACUGACCCCAGGGUCAGGCCCUGGAGCUGCCCGGGAAGGGAAAGCGUCUGGAAGAGAGUCGCGCAGUGUAGAGAUGCGGGUGGACGCUAUGGCGAUGCCGGCUCUUCUUGACCUGAGUGGGGGCCAUGGCAACUGGCCCGAGCCCAGGUACCACCUCCCACUGCGGCCUUGGGUCCGAGGCGGGGUACGGGUGAAGAAGUGCCCUGACACUCCCUUUCCUAGGCUAGAUGCGGAGGAAGAGCCGGCUCCGGGUUCCAGGAGCGCCAGCGAGCGGCGCCAGUCACGGUUCCUCCUUAACUCGGUCCUCUACCAGGAAUAUAGCGACGUGGCCAGCGCCCGCGAACUGCGGCGGCAGCAGCGCGAGGAGGAGGGCCCGGGGGACGAGGCCGAGGGCGCGGAGGAGGGGCCCGGGCCGCCGCGCGCCAAUCUCUCCCCGAGCAGUUCCUUCCGGGCGCAGCGCUCGGCGCGAGGCUCCACCUUCUCGCUGUGGCAAGACAUCCCCGACGUGCGCGGCAGCGGCGUCCUGGCUACGCUGAGCCUGCGCGACUGUAAACUGCAGGAGGCCAAAUUUGAGCUGAUUACGUCCGAGGCCUCAUACAUCCACAGCCUGUCGGUGGCUGUGGGCCACUUCUUAGGCUCGGCCGAGCUGAGUGAGUGUCUGGGGGUGCAGGACAAGCAGUGGCUGUUCUCCAAACUGCCCGAGGUCAAGAGCACCAGCGAGAGGUUCCUACAGGACCUGGAGCAGCGGUUGGAGGCCGAUGUCCUGCGCUUCAGCGUGUGCGAUAUUGUGUUGCACCACUGUCCGGGCUUCCGCCGCGUCUACCUGCCCUAUGUCACCAACCAGGCCUAUCAGGAGCGCACCUACCAGCGCCUGCUCCUGGAGAACCCCAAGUUCCCCAGCAUCCUGGCUCGCCUGGAGGAGUCUCCCGUGUGCCAGCGUCUGCCCCUCACCUCCUUCCUCAUCCUGCCGUUUCAGAGGAUCACCCGCCUCAAGAUGCUGGUGGAGAACAUCCUGAAGCGGACAGCACAGGGUUCAGAAGACGAAGAUAUGGCCACCAAGGCGUUCAAUGCACUCAAGGAGCUGGUGCAAGAGUGCAAUGCCAGUGUGCAGUCCAUGAAGAGGACAGAGGAGCUCAUCCACCUGAGCAAGAAGAUCCACUUUGAGGGCAAGAUCUUCCCGCUGAUCUCCCAGGCCCGCUGGCUGGUUCGGCACGGGGAGCUGGUGGAGCUGGCCCCACUGCCCGCAGCACCCCCUGCCAAGCUGAAGCUGUCCAGCAAGGCGGUCUACCUGCACCUCUUCAAUGACUGCCUGCUGCUCUCCCGGAGGAAGGAGCUGGGGAAGUUCGCCGUCUUUGUCCACGCCAAGAUGGCUGAGCUGCAGGUGAAGGACCUGAGCCUGAAGCUCCAGGGCAUCCCUGGCCAUGUGUUCCUCCUUCAACUCCUCCAUGGGCAACACACGAAGCACCAGUUCCUACUGAGGGCCCGGACAGAAAGUGAGAAGCAGCGAUGGAUCUCAGCCAUGUGCCCCUCUACCCCCCAGGAGGACAAGGAGGUCAUCAGCGAGGGGGAAGACCGCCCCCAGGUUCAGUGUGUCAGGACAUACAAGGCACUGCAGCCAGACGAGCUGACCUUGGAGAAGACUGACAUCCUGGCAGUGAGGACCCGGACUAGUGAUGGCUGGCUGGAGGGGGUCCGCCUGGCAGAUGGUGAGAAAGGGUGGGUGCCCCAGGCCUACGUGGAAGAGAUCAGCAGCCUCAGUGCCCGCCUCCGAAACCUCCGGGAAAAUAAGCGGAUCACAAGUGCCACCAGCAAACUGGGGGAGCCCCCCGUGUGAUGGGAAGCCAUGGCCUGGGACACCUGCUCCACGCCCGGCUCCUGGACAGGUCUGGAGAGGGCCUGCAGGGUCUCCGUGCCCCAAGAUGCUGUCACUGGGACUUCUGCUCCGAGACCUGGCAUUGAAAGUACAGGCUGGACACAGGAGGGGGUCUCCCCUGUCCUCAUGCUCCUCAGUGUCCACAAUUCAGGGACGAGGGUAGUUUCUUCCUCUGGCUUGUGACCUCUGAUAUCUGGCAAGGACUGGGGCCCUCUCCCUUUCCUGCCCUCAACACUGCUGACUCUUGGUCCCUCUGGCAGGGACCUGGCUGGCAAUGGCUCUGGUGCUAACGGGUGCUGGGACCUGUACGUGUAUAUAUAUCUGGAGUCUUCUGGCCUGAGCCCGUGUGGGUCCUGGUUGCUGUGACCUGUCUGUAAAUAAAGUCCCAUCAUGCCUUGGCUUGGAGUCUGUGAGCCUUUCGGUGCUGCCUCCACCCCAGCCCUCUUUCCCCAGCUAAAGAUCAGGAGGGUCUCUGGCUACCU